GGCGGGGGCCGGCGGGGGCCGGGGCUCGUCCCUCGCAGGGCGGGCAGGAACUGGGCGAGCAGGCGGCCGAGCCGUCGCUGGUGGAGUUUCCGACACAGGAAAAAAACAAAGGAGCCGGAGGCAGAGGGAAAAGCUGCCGGCGGCGCGGCGGGGCCCAGCGGCACCGCGGCAUGGAGCACGACGGCAAGAAGGGCAAGAAGGGCUUCGUGUCGCCCAUCAAGCGGCUGGUCUUCCCCAAGACGGCGCGACGGCCGGCGCCGCGGAGCAGCGCGUGCCGGCGGCCGCUGCACUCGGUGCCGCUCUACCCGCCGGACUAUCUGAUAGACCCGCAGAUCCUGCUGCACGACUACGUGGAGAAGGAGGUGAAGUUUUUGGGCCACCUGACGUGGGUAACAGCCUCCUUGAACCCCUCCAGCCGGGAUGAGGUGCUGCAGCUGCUGGACACGGCCAGGCAGCUGAAGGAGCUGCCGCUGCAGACGACGCCGGCGCAGGACAGCAUCCUGAGCCUGUCGGCCCGCUGCCUGCUGCUCACGUGGCGGGACGACGAGGAGCUCAUCCUGCGCAUCCCCACCCACGAGAUCGCCGCCGCCUCCUACCUGCGCGACGACGCCCUGCACCUCCUCAUCCUCAAAACCGGUGCGGGAGCCCCCCGGGGGGGGGGGGCCGGCCCGGCCGUGCCUGCUGCGGGCCGCGGGGCAGCGCGCACCGACGCGGCCCGGGUCCCCGCAGCCCCCGGCCCCGCAGCCUCCAUCCCUGGAGCCCCCAAACCCGCAGCCCCCAUCCCCACAGCCUCCAUCCCUGGAGCCCCCAAACCCGCAGCCCCCAAACCCGCAGACCCCAUCCCCACAGCCCCCAUCCCCAUAGCCUCCAUCCCCACAGCCUCCAUUCCUGCAGCCCCCAUCCCCAUAGCCUCCAUCCCCACAGACCCCAUCCCCACAGACCCCAUCCCCACAGACCCCAUCCCCACAGCCUCCAUCGCCGCAGCCCCCAAACCCGCAGCCCCCAUCCCCACAGACUCCAUCCCCACAGCCCCCGUCCCCAUAGCCUCCAUCCCCACAGACCCCAUCCCCACAGCCCCCAUCCCCACAGACCCCAUCCCCGCAGCCUCCAUUGCCGCAGCCCCCAAACCCGCAGCCCCCAUCCCCACAGACUCCAUCCCCACAGCCCCCGUCCCCAUAGCCUCCAUCCCCACAACCUCCAUCUCUACAGCUCCCAUCCCUGCAGCCCCUGUCCCCACUGCCCCCAUCCCUGCAGCCCCCAUCCCCACAGCCCCCAUCCCUGCAGCCCCUAAUGUCACUGACUCCAACCUCACUGCAGCUUCUGUCCCUGCCAAAACCACCGGUCCCAGCCCCACCAUCCCCAGCCCCACUGCCCCUAAUACCACUGCCCCCAGCCCCACUGCUCCCAGCCCCAUCAUCCCCAGCCCCUCCGCAGCCCCCACCAUCCCCAGCCCCAGUGCACAGACCCCACUGCAUCCCGCUUUGCUCCCAGCCCCACGGCAGCCCCGACCCCGCAGCACCCAUCCUGGGCCGGGGGGGACCAGGACCCACUCCCGUGGGCUGCCCCAGGUCCAGGGAGGGCCAGGGUGGGGGGCAAGCGCAGCCCCCAGCCCCAGCCCCGACGCCCCGCGUCUCCUCCGCCCUGCCCAGGCCUGGGGGUGGACCUGGUGCCCGCCGGAGCCCACCCCGAGGCGGCGGGGGGCGGCGGGCCGGAGCCGGCCCCCGCCGGGGCGGCCGAGACGAGGCCGGGGGGGCCGUGGCCGGAGCCGGGGCGGCUGGGCGGCCCCAUGGAGCGGCGGCACACCAUCUGCAGCCUGGACUGGCGGGCGGCGCGGGGCGGGCAGGAGGGCCGGCAGGGCGGCAGCCUGGAGCGCAAGGCGGCCGGCGGCAGCUGGGAGAAGCGGCAGGGCGGCCGGGCCUUCGGCAGCUGGGAGCGGCGGCAGCCCCGCGGCGGCGGCGGCGGCGGCGAGCGGCGGCAGGCGGCCGGCGGCAGCUGGGAGCGCGGCAAGGUCUACGGCAGCUGGGAGCGGCGGCACGCCGGCAGCAACCCGCUGGACCCCCAGGAGCCCUGCCCCGGCGCCUACUCCAACCUCGUCAUCCUGGCCGUGGCCAACAGGGAUGCCGCCGAGGAGUCCUGCGCGCUCAUCUGCCAGGUCUUCCAGAUCAUCUACGGCGACCAGAGCAUCGAGCGAGAGCUGCCGCACGGACGGGACGUACGGCUACGACGCCGACUUCAGCUGCUGCAGCUCCUUCAACGGCUCCCACGAGACCUUCGAAGCCUACUACAGCGGCGGCUCCUCGCCCUCCUUCCACCAGUCCCACCACAGCCUGGCCACAGCCUGCAGCGGCAGCGACCAGAGCGGCGCGGGGCUGGAGCAGCUGCAGGACUACAUGGUGACGCUGCGCAACAAGCUCUCGCCCCCGGAGAUCCAGCAGUUCGCGCUGCUGCUCCGCGAGUACCGCCUGGGGCUGCCGGUCCGGGAGUACUGCUCCGACCUCCUGCGGCUCUACGGGGACAAGAGGAAAUUCCUCCUCCUGGGAAUGAGGCCCUUCAUCCCCGACCAAGACAUCGGGUACUUCGAGACCUUCCUGGAGAGCAUCGGCAUCCGCGAGGGCGGCAUCCUCACCGACAGCUUCGGCCGCAUCAAGCGCAGCAUGAGCAACACGUCGGCCUCGGCCGUGCGCAGCUACGACAGCUGGUCCCUGCGCUCCGAGUCCGAGUCCUUCAACCGCAUGAUCACGGACAUCACCCACGACAUCGAGGCCCUGGCGCGGGACGAGGACGAGGACGAGGACGAGGAGGAGGAGGAGGAGGACAACUACCUGUGAGGGGCUGGGGAAGGUCGGCGUCCCGCCUGCCGCAGCUCCCAGCCCGGUUUGCAGGGUGCUGGGCUCAGCCCCGGGGGGCCCCGGGGUG